GACUGCCAUCUGCCGAACGAGUGACCUAUCGCCCAACAUCUAGCGAUAUCAAUGGACAGCGCAGAACAUAAGAAGCACUCGUAUACCGCGCUGCUUGAGAGGCCAGCAUUGCCUCAAGAUGAAGUUCUGCGGCAAAUCCUAUUCGAGAAUGGCCCGUCGGAAACGUCAGACACUCUACAUGGUCUCGUCAAGGAGAGAGAGGAAUACAUUGGCGCUGUCGACCUCGCCAUUGGGCGCUUGCAAGAGGUUAUCUCUGCCUUGUCCGCCCAGCGGGCCGCUGCGUCCAAGGAGCUCAUCGUCUGCCGCCAAGCGAUGAAAUCACCUAUUCGACGUAUCCCAGCGGAACUGCUCGUCGACAUCUUUUCUCUCGCUGUACAUCACGACCUUCCGGUCGACAAAUUCGCUUGGGGGUCCGAGUUUAUCGGGACCGUGCUCGCAAUCACCCAAGUCUGCCGGGUCUGGCGCUCAGUCGCGCAUGGAGCGCCACGCUUAUGGGAGAAGAUCUCACUACGCAAUAUGCAAGCGUACGGCCAGCGCGCGGUCUCAAACACGGUGGCUUGGGUGCAGCGUGCCGAGCCGCUACCGAUAGCGUUCACGGUGGCCAUUGCCGAUGAUUUAAUAUCUGCCUGGCGCUCGCGGUACAAUCACAGUUCUACUUCUUUUCCUUUCACCGUCUUUGAUCGAGUCGAAUCCUUCCCAACGCACAGGAUACGAGAGCUGCGGUUGCACAUGCCGGCGCUCGACAUGGCCUUCAUAGGCUUGCCAUUGUCCUCUUCUAUCGGAACUUCGUUCCCUGUACUGGAGUUGCUGCAACUCAAGAUCGUCCAUGGGGAUAUGACGCACCACAGCCCGCUCACUCUAUACGCCCACUCGCCGUUGCGCACAGUCGACCUACAGCAACCAUCGGGGCUCGACUGUCGCGUGAUCUUCUUUUCUAGGUCGUCAGUCACCAAUCUAUCUCUCAACAAUUUGCGAGGUCCGAUCAGUGCAUUUUACGCCGUUCUUCGAGAAUGCGAUGCUCUUCUUCGCGCCAACAUUCAUUUUGGGCGUCAUCUCCUUUGGGACACCUUGGGCGCACCUGAACCCAUCAUUCUUCCCCAGCUACGCACUCUUUCGAUGACUUGCUACGGCAGCAUCUCCUUCUUCCGUCAGGAACUGCAUUUGCCGUGCCUCGCAUCGUUCACCCUUGAGCUCGGGAAUGACGAAGAUGGCCUCGAGCUCUCGGACGCACUCGCGGCCAUGCUGUCCCAUUCACCGCACCUCGAGCAAGUCACUUUACGGAGAUGCGACAUGGAUGGUCUCACUGAUAUGACCGCCUUUCUUCAACUCUUACCCUCCGUCACAUCGCUAAGCAUCGCCCUGUGCCAGAUAUCUCUCGAGGAGUUCUACGAGCGUCUGUCGGUUCGGGAGAACAGCCCCGUCUAUCUUCCCCGCCUGCGCUAUCUCAGCUUGACGUCCAACGCAGACCUUUCUGAGGGAGGUGCAGGCAUGCGGGAUGCGCAGCUCCGAGUCAUGCUUCAUUCACGAUACAAGCCGGUAGAGGAUUCCUCGGUAUCGCGCUUGGAGUCGUUCGAGUACACGUCCUCGUCGUAUCCUUUGGAGCUAUCUGUUUUGCGGGAUAUCAUCGAGCUCUCGGAAGAAGGCAUGAUAGUCAAUGUUUGAGGACAAGUAACGAUGCCCAUCCAUAUCGCGCCUUCGUAGAUUUACAGAAUGCCACUCUUCAAUAUCUUCCGUGUAUGUCUGCAAAUACGUGCGCAACCACAUUAUGCAUGCAUCGUCGAAC